AUGCCCAGCUCGCAGCGUCCCUUGCGAACCUUGGACGACAUUAUCCAAGAAAUCAGUCUCCUUGGCAAAGCGAACAAGGGCGAGCCCACAGAGAUUAAGUCGAAUGCCGAGAAGCAAAGGCGGCAGAGGGCUCUUAUAGCAGCGCUGGAGACGCUUCUCGCGCAUCACCGACCCUUCGCGGCUUGCGAUCAAGGCCCUCCGCGCCGCCACCGCUACGACGAACCAUUCGAUCCCAACACCGCUCCGAUGGUCGCUGCCCGGAAUGCCAUCAGGCAGUACUCCUGGCUGCGAAUCCGCCUCAAUUCGCUCGAGCACCGCGCGCCGUCGGCCGUAUGGACGCUGCUACAGGCGUACGAGCCGGUCGCGCUCGAUUGGGUCCACCUGCUGCACCCACGGCACAAGCUCGUGCGACGCGAUGAGGAUAACACGGUCAGCCUUCGACUCGUUGAGGAGACCCUCAUGCUCCUCGACUGUCUGCUGCUCCCGUCUUCCAAGCGCCCCACCGCCCUGCGCGACUUCGCCCUUACAACAAACCUCAUACCGUACACGGUCGACAUCUGGGCAAACCUCUUCCGAUACGUGAAGGAUCCUCCGGAGAAAACCGUCUUCCGCGCCGCCGUUGUCCUACAGAUGGCUAUGACAGCGGUAUGGGACGCCGCCCACCGUGUGCCGCCCGUAGUCGCAGAGGCGCUGGUGCAGUCGCUUCGAGGGCAUCCGAGACCCCUCUGGCACACUCUCACGGCGUACUGGCAGCAGUUGACUUCGGAAGAGUGCGCCGAUAUCAACGAAUGGCUUAUAUCCUUGGCAAUAGGCCUGAUUCUGGAUGUACCGGAAGUGAGGCCUAUGACCUGCCCGCGGGAGGUCAUCCGCUACGCCGUCAAGGCACUGGACAGUUACCAUACCCGAAAAUCGUGGGGCGCGGUGACGAAGGUGGCUAAUCUUAUUUAUCUUCUGGUAUCCGAGCCGCGUGACCACAGGGCGCUCGAGUGGGCCAUCCGGGACGACCUGUUUCUUGCAAUCCGCCGUCUGGCCGACGAUUCAGUAGCACUGCUGCAGACAGGGGUGAACGAGGCGCUCGCCGGGCUCGCGGAGAGGUUAUACCAGGGGUUCAACUUCUGGCGUGUGGCACGCGCCUUUCACGACAAGUACAGCGACUACACGUUGCUAAAUGACUCCCAUGCCCUCCUGAAGGAUAUUUUCAUUGCGUACCGAGAGCGGCGACAGGCAAUGCUAGACUCGGAGCGGCAAUGGAAAGAAGUCAAGCGACAUUGCUCUUACGGCAAGUGUCCCCUAAAAUCCACCUCUCACGAGUCGCCACCCCAACUAUUCACAUGUGUGUGCCACUCCGUAUACUACUGCUCCAAGGACUGCCAACGAAAGCACUGGCUCAUGGGUCACCGGGAUAGCUGCGAUUGGAGCGUUGAAGGACAGACCCGGUACCGCGACUUCCACUACAUCAUCAAUAUCUGCCUCUUCUACGCGGCGGUGCACCGGGACGCCAUAUUUGACGAGGUCCACCGCAUCGACCCGAAUCGCGAGCACCACAUCGAUAUCCUGGUCGAUCUGAAAGCACCCGAGGUUCGCCAUCGCAUUGAGCUUGGUUCCCCGCUUGGCGAGGACACCCCGCAUACCAAGACUGGUCCUCAUGACAAGGACGUCCCGCUCGACAAGGCUGCGCCGGCUGAAAAGGCCGUCCACCACGUCAAGCGUUGCGGCAUAAUUGAAGCGCGAUGGGUCGACGGACAUGAGUUUGUUCGCCGGACUCUCGGGACUGCUAUAAACCUCAAUGUCUGGGAGGAUCACUAUACAAUAUCCACGAAUAACUCAUCGCCCUCGCUAUCGAGCGAUUCUCCCUCUUCGCUAUCCCAUGAUUGUCCAUCGCGCUCCAGCGAUGCUUCUUCCUCGCAAUCCAACGACUCCACCCCGCUACCACCUGGCUACACCUACAGUACUAUGCCACUUAUUCCUGAGCCCGGCGCUGCUAAUAUUGCACUGGCGCCACUCAAUCUGACGGCCAUACAGGUCGGAAGAGUCGCGCAGGAUUGACGCUGCAUAUACACAC